AGCCUUUCCAGCUCUGCCCUGAUGUCAGCUAGGACGGACGGAGAACUGUCCAGCUGAUGAGCCCGGACUGUGAAGAAAAGCCAUAGGUUCCGUGUGAGCGUUUCAUCCCGUCAGGAACAACACGACUGCUUGAAGCAACGAUGCUUGAUGGACUGCGACGGAGGCAUGCCUCCAGACCUUCCCCCCGACCUUUGUCUCUUAACUUCAGCACCUUUUCUGCCUCGGCCUCUAGCCCAGACUUUGAAACCGGAAAUGAGCACCCAAUAAGAAGGACUUUGCACCGGCUGAAGUUGAUGAGCUCCCCUAGUCUCAGUGAGCUGGGGAAAAGUGAGAAAAGUUCACCUGAGGACAGUCGGGAGAGGCAGAAGAGAGCAGGAGCCAACGCCACCUGGAACAGUAUCCACAAUGCUGUCAUAGCAGUCUUCCAGAAGAAAAGCCUGGCAGACAAUGAACUGUAUGUUCUCAAUGAAGGUGUCCGGCAUCUGUUGAAGACGGAGCUCGGGUCCUUUUUUACAGAAUACCUGCAGAACCAGUUGUUGACAAAAGGUAUGGUCAUCCUGCGGGACAAAAUACGGUUCUACGAAGGUCAGAAGCUACUGGACUCUCUGGCGGACACGUGGGACUUCUUCUUCUGUGAUGUUCUGUCAAUGCUGCAGGCCAUUUUUCAUCCUGUUCAAGGAAAGGAACCCUCUGUGCGACAGCUGGCUCUGCUGCACUUCAGGAACACCAUAGCCUUAAGUGUAAAGUUAGAGGAUGCGCUGACUCGACCUCGGGCCCGCGUCCCCCCUUCUGUGACACAGAUGCUGCUAAUUCUACAGGGCGUCCAUGAAUCACGUGGUGUGACCGAGGACUAUCUGAGACUGGAGUCUCUGGUUCAGAAGGUGGUUUCACCAUACCUGGGCACCCAUGGGCUUUACUCUGGUGAUAGCGUUGACCCCCACUGUUGUGUUCUGGAGAAGCGAUUACAGUGGGGCUGGUCCAAGUCUGCAGAGCAACAGUCUAAAAACCCGGUGGUACGAUCAAAGAGCUACAACAUCCCCCUGCUCCUGACCCCGGUCGCCGAGUAUGACCCAGAUGCCAGCGCUGUUGGCAGCGGAGGAAUUCGCCGGCACUCUGCCUGUGAGAUUAUAUCAUGCUUGGAGAAACAAGGACUGGCUUACCCUGACCUGACUCCAGGACCUGAACUGUCUAGCUCCACCUCCAACAGGCUGUGUGUGGGCUCUCAGUUUAAUGGUAUUAUGAAAGUUGGAGCAAGCCACAUGGAGUUGCCUCUUUCCUCUCCCUCCAUCCUCCGUUCGUCAGGAGCUCUCCACGGCACUGAGGCCACGACGACCAUGACUGAUCUUAGCAAGGGGGCCUCCUCCUCGCCGCCCAGUGAAUCAUCCAGUCCUGAAACCAUCAUUGGGCAAGUGUUAGAAUCCGCGGACUCAGACUCAGACGGAAUAUUCAUCGAAUUCCCGUCUCACUCAUCAGAAUGUCUGGGCUACAGUCUACAAAGUAGGCAAAGCACUGUUUAGGGUUUGGAGCACACCCAACACAUAAGACCACCAAGUGUGAUGAAAAACCUCCACAUUUCAUAAAGUUGUAUGGCUUUUUGACUGUAGUAUGACAUUCCAAGUGCUUUUCAUAAGUAAAACACUUAAAACUG